AUGGCUUCGAACAACUUGGAUAUUACUCUUGUAGCCAGCGAAGCCAGCUUGACCAGCAAUGUUGUUGGAUGUAAAAAAGGAAGCAAUUAUUUUAAUGAAGGACAAAUUUGGACUGAGAAACAUGUUCGUUAUCAAUGUGUAUCUGACGGUGUAUUAAAGGUACUCGGUUGUGUUGAUGAUGGUGGAUUUAUUGAAUUAGGAAAAGACGUAUUAGUGAAUGGUGUCGUUCAUCGAUGUUAUAGAAUUGGUUCGGUAACAUAUUACCACCGUUUCCGUUGUGAUGCUCAAACAUUAGCACAAUGCACUAAAAAUAUGCGAUUGGAAUAA